UAAAAUUUAAUCUAAUAAAUUAGUAAUUACAUCUUUUUUUUCUGUUAUUAAUUAAUAAUUUGACAUUACAGUUGCAGUUGUUUUCCAUGCAAAUUAUGCAUCGCGAAAUAAGGUUCGCUGCGAAGGGUCUCACUGUAGACGCGACGCUUCUCACUACAAUUGUGGGAAACAUCAGCACAUAUUUAAUAAUCUUGAUGCAGUUUUUAACCAUGCCACAAUUUUGCAAUAAAGAAGUUGCCACAAAUGUAACACAAAUAACUCAAUAAAAUGUAUAAUCACACGAUAAAUAUUUAUUUUAAUAGUAAAAUAUUAUUUUUAAUAUAAUAUUUAUUUAUUAUAAUAUUUUAGUGUGUAAUACUAUUUAGUAUAACAAUAUUUUAAAUAUUAUAAUAUUUAUAAUAUUACCAUAAAAUAUUAGUGAAUAGUAUUACUA